GCUAAGCAUGUGCUCUAACACUAAGCUUCAUCCGUUUCCUCUCCCCUUAUGUUAAAAUGGAGCUCAUUCUACUCACCUCACUGGGCGGUCUUGAGGAAUGGAUUAGAUCAAGUUGGCAAGCACACAGCACAGCAGCGGAGGAAGGGGAAUACUUCCUGAAGGUGCUGAUCCCCAGCUACGCGGCGGGCUCCAUCAUUGGCAAGGGCGGGCAGACCAUCGUGCAGCUGCAGAAGGAGACCGGAGCCACCAUCAAGCUCUCCAAGUCCAAAGACUUCUAUCCGGGAACCACAGAGCGAGUAUGCCUGGUACAGGGCACAGCAGAGGCCUUGAAUGCUGUGCACAGCUUUAUUGCUGAGAAGGUCCGAGAAAUCCCACAAGCAAUGACCAAGCCUGAGGUGGUCAACAUCCUUCAACCACAAACCACAAUGAACCCUGACAGAGCCAAGCAGGCCAAGCUGAUCGUCCCCAACAGCACAGCGGGCCUGAUCAUCGGCAAGGGGGGCGCGACGGUGAAGGCGGUGAUGGAACAGUCGGGUGCUUGGGUGCAGCUGUCCCAGAAGCCAGAGGGCAUCAACCUGCAGGAGCGCGUGGUGACGGUCAGCGGUGAACCGGAGCAGGUUCAUAGGCAGGAUUGA